CCAAAACAGGACGGGAGGGGAGGGGGCGGGAGAGAGACUGCGCUGCCUGCUUCAUGGGUCCUGACUCAGACCCGGAGCUCCCCGCCUACCAGCAGAUAAUUCAGCCUUGUGCCUGGCCUCCCGCCCCUGACUUCACUGGAUAACAAACUAGAAACUGAAACAGACUGAUUGCUCAGCCUGAAAUCAGAGGUGACUCACAGCUCUGAGCAUCCACAGUAGUGGAGAGCUGGCACCAGAGAGGCGGACGUGAGCCCAGGGUUCGGGAGCCUCAGGUGAUAUCUUGGGUGGUGUUGCUGACACAGGGCAGGACAGGGAACCAGUGGCAUGCCCCCAAGCAGGGCGGGAGAAACCCUUGGGGCUGGGCUGGCCCCAAAGGGUGCUGUCCCCUCUUUCCAGCCUGUCUGAAGACCCCCAGGGAGCAUGGCAAGAAACAGGGAGGUUGUGGCCAUGGACUGCGAGAUGGUAGGCGUGGGACCCAGCAGGGAGAGUGGCCUGGCCCGCUGUAGCCUGGUGGACGUGCACGGAGCUGUGCUCUAUGACAAGUUCAUCCGGCCGGAGGGCAAGAUCACCGACUACAGGACCCAGGUCAGCGGGGUCACACCUACGCUGAUGGCAGGAGCCACACCGUUUGCUGUGGCCAGACGAGAGGUCCUGCAGCUCCUGGAGGGCAAGCUGGUGGUGGGGCAUGACCUGAGACACGACUUCGAGGCGCUCAAGGUGGACAUGGCUCGCUUCGCCAUCUACGACACGGCCACCGACCGGCUGCUGUGGCAGGCGGCCAGGCUGGGCAACUGCCAGCGUGUGUCCCUCCGGGUGCUGUGCGAACAGCUCCUGGGGUACAGCAUCCAGCCGGUCUGGACACAGCUCCGUGGAAGAUGCCAGAGCCACGAUGCAGCUCUACCUGUUAUCCAAGCAGCUGCGGAACCGAGCCCGCUAAGGAUGGACCCCCCGGAGCCAUGGGACCCACCGGCACUCGGUGCUCCCCAGGACCAGCCCUCAGACCCUCUGUUUCCCCGCCCGGCUUCUCGAAGACGCAUCUUUGGUAGUAAAAGCCUCUCUAUUUGUGCUCUCUUUGGCAGCACACACACUAAAAUUGGAACAACACAGAGAAGAUUAGCAUGGCCUCUGCGCAGGGAUGACAAGCAAAUUUGUGAAGCGUUCCAUAUUUUCUAACAAUAAAAAAAAAAACAAUACUCUA